AUGCGCUCUCAGGCCCUCUGUGUACUAGCCGUCGCUGCUAGCAGUGUCAUUGCUCACCCUGGACAUGACGUGAGGCAAGAGGCCAAGGAACGGCGAGAGUUCCUUCAGGCUGCCGAGAAGCCUUCUCUCAGGCACUGCGCCAAGAGAUGGGAGGAGAAUGGUUUGGCCGCCCAGAACAAGGCUCGGCGCUCCGCCGUUGUUGAAGCAGCCCGCCAGAAGCGAGGACUUGACGGCAAGAAGAAGCGCGACCUCGACGGGAUUCUAUCGACAUCUCACAACAUGACCGAUCAGCACUAUUCCCCAAACACGGACGCCGCCACCCUCUUUGCCGGUAUCAACUCCUGCGUCCUCACCCCAGAGGUUACCCAGGGCCCGUAUUAUGUGUCGGGCGAGGAUGUUCGCUACUCGGUGAUUGAAGACCAAGAGGGCGUCGAGAUCAUUCUUGAUUACCAGGUUAUUGAUGUUGAGACCUGCGAGCCCGUUCCAGACGUGUACCUCGAGAUGUGGCACUGCAACUCAACUGGUGUUUACUCCGGCGUCGUGGCCAGUGGCAAUGGUAACUCAAACGACGAAACCAACAUUGAUAACACGUUCCUGCGAGGCAUCCAGCCCACCAACGACGAGGGUGUGGCCCAGUUCCUCUCUCUGUUCCCCGGCCACUACACUGGCCGUGCUACGCACAUUCACGUCAUGGUUCACACCAAUGCCACUCUUCAGAAGAACUACACGCUUGGCAAUGAGAACUAUGCCAGCCAUGUCGGCCAGGCGUUCUUCGACCAGGACCUCAUCAGCGAAGUCUCACUGGUCGAACCCUACAACACCAACACACAGGAGAUCACGACCAACUCCGAGGACUCCAUCUUGUCCGAGGAGGUCGCUACGGAUGGCGUCGACCCCGUCAUGGAGUACACGCUUCUCGGCGAUGAUGUCAGCCAGGGUCUGUUUGCUUGGCUCGCCUUCGGCAUCAACGUCACCGCCUCGACCGAGAUCACACCUGCCGCCUUCCGCUAUGAGGACGGCGGUGUCGAGAACGCCAACUCUGGCAUGGGAGGCGGCAAUGGUGGUGGUGCUCCUGGCGGCGGCCCCGGCAGCACCCCCUCUGCUUCGCCCUCGAGCGCACCAACCAGCUCGGCCUAA